GUGUACGAAUAAUUGCGAAGCGUGGUUGGACGGGGGAUCUCGGGGGUCAAGAGACCAAGCUGUAGGCAGGCCGAUUUUCCCGGUGGAUCUCACGCUGAGCUGUAACUUGAUAACCCCUUUCCAGGCCUUCGAGUGCUGGGGUGUGCCCUUCUGGAAGCUAAGAGACUAACCUAGGAAGUAAAGUUAUCGUAUGGUUUCAGUUUUUGAGAAGAGAGUUCCUCUCUCGAGAGGAAAGCUUACUAACUAAUUCUCCUCAAUCAUCUGAAGGUAGUCGGAGCACCCAACAAUGGAUAAAUUUGUCAUUCGAACGCCUAGGACCCAGAAUAGCCCGCAGAAGAAACAGCUCGGAGGAAAGGUUUACAAGCAAGCCACGAUUGAAUCUUUGAAGAGAGUUGUGGUUGUAGAAGACAUAAAAAGAUGGAAAACUAUGUUGGAGCUUCCUGAUCAAACCAAAGAAAACCUAGUUACAGCCUUACAAGAAUUAAAGAAGAAAAUACCCUCCAAGGAGGUGUUGCGAUCGACAAAGAUAGGUCACAUUGUGAACAAGAUGCGCAAGCACUCAGACCCAGAGGUGGCGUGUCUUGCCAAAGAAGUUCACACCGAGUGGAAAACUUUCUUUGAAAAACAUUUGGAUAGACCUUCUAUUGAAGUACGAAGUGAUCCAAAAACUGAGUCAUUUAGAAAAAAUGCCCAGAAAUUACUCUCAGAAGCCUUGGAAUUGAAGAUGGAUCACCUACUGGUUGAAAAUAUUGAGCGGGAAACGUUUCAUCUCUGCUCCCGGCUCAUUAACGGGCCUUACCGGAGGACGGUGCGAGCUCUGGUCUUCACAUUAAAGCACAGAGCUGAGAUCCGGGAGCAGGUGAAGAGCGGGGCGCUGCCGGUCGGCACGUUUGUACAGACCCACAAAAAGUGACCCGAGGACGGGCCCAGCGCUGGGCCUCGCUCCGCCAUUCAAAGACUCUUUUGAGUUUGGGUGAUGCGGGUGUCGGCUGUGCUGGAUAUUCCCAUGGUGCCAUUCCUUCAGACAGAAUAUGGGGAGCCCCGGGAGACGGGCCUGUGGGAGCGGCUUCAUUAGCUGCCUUGCGCUGGCGCUGCCUGACGGGACGCACACGGCUGUCACUAGGAAGCGCCAUCCAGUUGCCAUCACCCAACACAAUGGAAGGGUGACAGGUUUCACUGUGAGCUUGCCAGGGACACCUCUAAACUCCCCCAUGUCAGGCAGAUGAAGUUACCACUUUAUUUCGCCACCCUGCAGGUAACUGAAACUCAAUUACCGCUGCUGCUCACUCGGUUCCAUCCCCCUGAGUUUAGACAGCUCCGAUGCCUCUCAGAACUCCCCUGUCUGUUCUCUUUGCUCAACCCCAGGGGUGAGCCCACUGGAGCCUGAGACCAGCCCUGCUUGCCAGCGCUCACUUAUCUGAGCCUUUCAGCUCUCCCUGGAAGACCUUAGGGGAUGGGCUCCUGAGCCCCCAUGCUGAGGUUUCUAAUGAGGAGCUGGCCUGAAGCUUCCCGCACCUCGGGGUUUAUUUGAAUACAGGCUCUGUAGAGGAUGCAUAAUGAAAUUUCUCUUGCAGACUUACUGCAGUUUGAAAAGAUGCAUAUGUGAAGAUUUUCAAUGAAAUAUGUCUACACAAGCCUGCUUGGGUGAUUAUGUAAAUUGUACUUGCUCUUUAAGAAGUGAUAAUAAACAGAUAUACUAAAACAA